AUGACGCAAGUGCCCAAAGUGCCCAUCUUGCUGACAUCUUUCGUUCUACUCGCUACAAAGGCUCGAGCAGAGUCAGAUACGGAUGACUCUUCCUGCGCACCUGGAGCAGCAGGCGAGUACGAUUUUCCCCUCCACAUCGCAAGCGUUUUCGUCCUUCUUGUUGCCUCGGGCCUGGGUGUCUUUUUGCCCGUGGUUUUGGGAGAAAAGGGAAGUAAUGGUGGAUGGUUUGGGGGUGUGUUUUUUGGCUUGAAGUAUUUCGGGACUGGUAUAAUUGUCAGCUUGGCGUUCUGCCAUCUCUUGCAAGAUUCUUUUGAGACCUUCGCCAAUGAGUGUAUAGGAGAGCUCGCGUACGAGCCGACAGCGCCUGCGAUAGCGAUGGGCUCAAUGUUCGUGAUUUGGUUGAUCGAUUUCUUCGGUUCACGAUGGAUUGAAAUGAAACAUGAAGACAAUCCCAAAGACAUAUGCGAACUCGCAAAGCCACCUUCGCCGGACGGCGGCAAAUCCCCUUGCAUCGACUUGUGCUGCCAUUCGGGCUGCAAACCAGUGGAACACUUCGACGGAUCAAGCAAGAGGGUACACUGGGAUGUUCAACUCCUUGAAGGAGGGAUUGUAUUUCACUCUGUCAUGAUUGGUGUUUCUCUGGGCGCACAGGCGGAUGGCUUUGCUGCUACUUUCGCAGCUCUCGUCUUCCAUCAACUCUUCGAAGGACUGGGCCUCGGUGCUCGUAUAGGGAUGCUUGUGUGGCCGGCUACAGUCGCUUCGACAUGGAAAAAGUACCUUAUGUGUAUGGUCUACACCCUUAUUACACCCAUUGGAAUUGCUAUUGGCAUCGGUAUUCACCAGUCAUUCAACGAGAAUGGCCAUUCGGAACUGCUCGCUGUUGGAACCUUGGACGCCAUCUCGGCAGGCAUCUUGCUGUAUAGCGCACUUUGUCAGCUGCUCUACAAAGAGUGGGUGGUGGGGGACAUGAGACAGGCUAAGACCUGGAGGGUCGGGGUGGCCUUGGGAGCGAUGAUGUUGGGGGCGUUUGCUAUGAGUUUGAUAGGGAAGUGGACAUGA